AUGCAAUACAUUCAGGACUCGAGCCUCAUCUUUGAUGGUCUUGACGAGUGCCAGGAUCUCGACAGUUUUUUGGGAGACCUUGAAGAGAUAUCCAAGUCUUCAACAAUUAAGAUAUUCUUUGCUAGUCGGCCAAGUGUGGAUGUUGAAAAGCGCUUUCAGUCUUCUGUCCGCAAUAUUCUGUUAGCAGAGCAAUCUAACUUUCAAGACAUCGAAGCAUAUCUCGAACCAGAGAUCAACAACCUUGUACAAACCGAGCUGCUGGAACUGGACGACAGUGUGCAAAAUGUGGUUCAAUCUAUCGCUAAAAAGUCUCGGUCCAUGUUUCUGUGGGCAAAUUUGCUGAUUCAGUACCUCAACUCAGAAAUGGUAACACCACAGGAAAGGUUAGAUGCCCUCAACGACAUGAGCCUGUUUCCAGAGCUGGAUGCGCUGUACACAAGAAUUCUGGAAAAGCUAUACACAUGGUACAGCCACAAAUCUAUACGUCGAAAGAUUCAGAUGAUCUUCGAUUGGACUUGUGUAGCAGCCCGCGCCUUGUCGGUGUCGGACUUGCGCGUCGCACGACCGAUCUGA